AUGUUCAUAUGGAUUGAUUGCUUCCGAGUUAUACUUGUUUUUUUGCUAUUUCAGCCUGCAAUCAAGGGUAAGUAUCAGCUUUGUUUUAGCUCAAUUACUAUUUUCACUUCUGGCGAAGCCAGAAACAUUAAUCAUAAUUCAUUAAAUGAAGGUUUACUUUAGAGGGCGAAGAUAAACGCAAACAAAAUGCAGUCAAAUUUUCCUCUCUAUAUAGCAUUUGUCAUAGAACAGAAUUUAUAAUUUGAAAUGAAUUUGGAUUCGGCCAGCAAGGGGCAAAUUUAUCCGGUGUAACUCCGAAUAAUUUGCAUCUUUGAUAACUUUAAUAUAACUGUGACAAUAAUGUUUCCAACCAAAUUGUCCAUAAUUAUAUUCUCCGUUAGAUAACUAUAACAUGAAAAUUUGGAUCUCUAGGUUCAUAACCUGUUUCAGUCACGGUCAUGAUCCACUUGGCCCUGAUUUUCACGUUUGAUUUUCAAUACUAAAAUUUUAUGACAACCUCAUAAGGCUGAAUACUCAUAGCACUUUGAGAAUGUCUGUCUCGAAGCGAGUGCGCUUCAGUAAUUGUCGAAGAACAGUAAAAACAAGUUCAUUAUGUACACCAAAUAAAGAAGGUUAAUCACACACGUCAAUUUCAUUACGAGUUGCACGAAGAAAGUGUUAAUGGAGCGGGCAGUUUAUACACAGUAGUAUCUAAAUCUUGUAGUCUCCGAAAAUAUUGCUAAUAUUCCGCCAUGUUUCCAAAACCAAAUGACACAAAAUGGGGCCAUAAAUUGCAAGGCUCAGGGCCCGGCCCCUGAAAGGCUGAUUAGGGCUAAUCCAGGAUUAAAAUUUUGUUCCACAUUUUGUAUUUACCUUUCUAUGCUUUGCUUGGAGAAAAAUUUUGUGUCAUCAUUUCUUUUUUGCGAAGUAAAGGCACAACAGUUAAGUUACAUGUUCUUAGACAAGAAUACAUUGCUUAAAAUUUGGCUUAAUCCUGGGUUAAACUUAACCAUGUUUCGAGGAACGGAGCCCAGAUGGCUUAAAAACAACGAGUUGCACGGAGAAAGUGCCUAGUGAAGCGGGCAGUUUAUACACAGUAGUAUCUAAAUCUUGUAGUCUCCGAAAAUUUUUCUCUUAUUCCGCCAUUUUGCCAAAACCAAAUGACACAAAAUGAGGCCAUCAUGAAGUGCAAGGCUCAGCCAAUGGCCUAAAAACAAAGGUUUUUUUUUUCACUCCUUUAAUAGUUGACUCCCUUAAGUGUUACCAUUGCAAGGGGCCUGAUGACGGUCGACCUUACCCAAUGGAGACAUGUGAAAAGGAGGAGACAGAGAUGACGUGCACCACACUAAAUAACAUGGAAAUGGCUUGUGGCAGAUAUCAUCACGAGAUAAAUUCAAGUGCAUCAGUACAUGAAGUAGAAGGUAGAGCAUGUGUACCGAAGCAGGAUUGUCAUUGGAUAGGAAUGUCUUGCCGGGCUAUCAUACUGGCCGGAGGAGAUUGUGAAUAUUCGUGUUGUGAUGAAGACUUUUGCAAUAAUGUAUCUUCGCUUUCUGUGGAUAAUUGUUUAAUCGUCGGAGGAUAUUUUUGUGGGCUUCUUUAUUUAUAUAAAUUAACAUUUGGUAACUGA